AAAUGUAAAAAAAGUAGCAGGAAUGAAAGUGUCAUCCUGGCCCUUAAUAUAGAUUUUUGUGGAGAUUUUCUACAAAAAAGAUAACAUUUAUCUGCUUCAAAUAAUCAUCAACCUAUCCAUCAAACACAUAAAUCUACCUGUAGGUAAUUAGACUUAACUUGAAAACAUGUUUGCACAACCCUGUGUGCCUCUCCGUGUGCAGUCACCACAGCAGGAAAGGCUGAGCAUAUUCACUUCCUGUAAAUCAUCCACGAACCCAUGAAAGACCACUUCUGCUUUUGUUACAAGGUCAUGUGUUAAUGUGAAGCGAACAGCUUAAGGGUUUUGGAGUUCAGACUGGGACUCUGCUGGACACUGAGGAGGACUGUUUGGUGAAAAUGUUGCGGCUGCACUCUCUGCUCGCCCUGGCCCUCGUCUCCUGCUGCUGCCCCGCCGCUGCUGAUGUAGGCGACUUCGCUCCCUGUCUGCAGUUCUUCUACAGCUCCUGGCCUCCGAAAGGUUUAACAGGAACACCGAUCUGCCAGCGUUACAACAAUAACUAUCAGUUUGCCACGUUGUACAGUCGAUCUCGCCGCUCCCCAUGGUUCUCUGCCUACGUGUACACAGUGCCUACAGGAAAGAGGCCUUCGUCUUCCUGGAAGUUUGAGCCUCAGUUGGCCCACCCAGAAGCUAAUGGAAACAUGAUCCCCUUUCCACCUGGGCCCUUGGACCAGAACGUGGUGGAGAGCCAGGCAGUGAACCCAGACUACAUCAACUCCAGUUACACGCGAGGCCAUCUGAACCCCAGCCUGCACCACCACACUCACGAGGGCCGCUGCUCGACAUUCACCCUCACCAACGUGGUUCCUCAGAAAUGCGGGUCCAAUGAUGGCCCAUGGGAGAAUCUGGAGCAGACGGUCAGCCAGACUUUAGCAGCUUACUGUCUUGGACAGGCCUACGUUGUGACUGGUGUCAUCCCGUACCGCAGCGAUGGGCACUGGCUCAGAAAUCAUCGGGUGGCUGUUCCAGAAUACAUGUGGUCUGCAUACUGCUGCCCAAAAUACAAUGACAGUCUUCCCAACCAUCUGAAAACUCACUUUCCCACUUAUGCCGCCGUCGGACGCAAUGACCCCAACAGCACAGAGGAGAUUGUUCCGGUUAACAAGACAGUAAAGAAAACGUUCAGAGGAUACGAUGUGAGACAGAUGCCUCUGGAAACACUUGAAAUGUACCUGGAAGACAGGUUCAGCUCUGUCAUCCGAGUUUUUUAUGAGCGCUGCACCACAUCAGACUGAUUUGGAAAAGCACUCAGAGAGAAUGUGAUCCAGUCACCAUGAGUAAACUCUUCAACAUACUUUUGUAAACAGACUGAUUGUGUGUACGUUUGACCUGAUGACAAGUGCCGUUUUUGUACGUCCAAGUCGAUUGUCAAGUCUUUGGCUGCGAUUUCUAGGUCUUGUCUUGAGACAAACACAAAACGUCAUAACAGGAAGUUGUUUAGAUAUUCUCAAUGCAAUAACAUUGUAAAGAGAGCUUUGUUUUAACCUGGCCAGCAAAGUCCUGAGGAAAAAAAUAUAAGAGUAAACAAAUUAACUCUAUUCCCAAGUUCUAAAUUUAAAGUCUCAAGUCAUGAAAUCUCUGCAUGUAAAAUUUAUAUGCGACUUACGUUUGAGUCGGACAUCUCUCACUGAACUGGACAAUCAACCAUGAGUGUAAAACUAGAGGAAUCAGACUCUCCAUGAAACAGAAUUAUGAUGCCACAUCAGGAAAUGUGGAUUUGAACCCACUAUUUACUUAUUUUUCCUUUCCAACUUGAGAAAAUACUUCAAUAAAUGUGAGUGAAUUCACAAGUGAUGUGAA